AUGAGUCUACUUGACCAGCUCUGGGACGACACGGUUGCGGGUCCCCGGCCCGACACCGGCCUCGGCAAACUCAGGAAACACUCAACCUUUAGCUUCCGGUCAAACUCCGGCAAGGAACCAGAAGUUGCGAACAGUGGGAGAUCCGUCGGAGAAGAAGCCGGCGGGGACGCCGUGAGAGUGACGAGAAGCAUAAUGAUCGUAAAGCCGCCACAGGCCAACCAGAAGGACUCGCCGCCAGUUUCUCCGGCAGGAUCCUCUCCGCCGGUGUCCCCUUUCUCCGGUGCCGGAGGGAAAGAAGCUUUCCGGUUCCGUAGGAGGUCAGCAUCGUUUGCUUACGAGAGGGCUAAUGGAGUGGGCCCCAAAAGUCCUCCUCCUCCGUACGACCUUUGA